CCCUAGUUCUUUGCCAGCUCCUCCCUACCAUGCGUGACCUUUCCAAGCCUCUCUCACCCUCCCCACCAGUACCCUCUUUGGGGAGCAGGAACUUAAUCUGCUGACAGAGCUACACCUUUUCAUAGCAAACUCAGAUCACCCUGCUCCCUUUGACCUUUGUAACUGCUCUGCCUCCCUUCUUGGGAGCUCUAGUGGGGGGAGGUGUCAGCUGGGUCCCUCCUGCUGCUGUGUCCCCAAGACAUCUUGGAUCCUUACCUCCUCCUAAACCCUAUACCCAAUUCUCAGCUACCUCUAGAACAGCCAGGGCAGCUAACCAGCACCUGUACUUGGAGGCCAAAGGGCCAAAGAGUGGGUAAGGGAGGACGAGCAGGUCCCCAUCUUGGUGGUCCUGACACUCCAAGGUCAGCUCUCCUUUGUCACCGGAAGGCCUUCUCAUGCAGUAUUGACUUCUCUAGCACCUCAGGAGCUGGGAAACUCAUGGAGGAGGAAAAACAGUCAAACCACACUACCCCCUGGGGUGAGAGGAGGAAGGAGAGGUCUGUGCUUGGCAGUGGCCUUGCUCCAGGCUGGAAUGGCAUCAGGGGAAUGUCACAGGUCAGCAGUUUGAGCCCCUGGCUAUAAAUAGAGCCCAAGGGCUCCUGUCACGUACAGCAGAGGGUCUCAGCUUCCUGUGUGGCAGUGCCUGGCACACUGUGGCUCUGGCCAGCAUUAAGUUAAUCUUCCCUUACUCCUGGACAAACCAGGCAGGGGCUUGAGAAGAGGAGUCACCCUCACCAGUGAAGGGCAGAGCUUCCUGGGUCAGGCAGUGAGGCUGGGCCCAGGUCGGGUGCUGACUGGAUCCAGAAACCGCCUCUCUAGGAGGUCAAAGUCAGGGCAAAAUAACAGCUCCUUCCCUAGGCUACAGCUGCGACCCUCUUGGAGAGUCAGAAACCUUUGCUUAUUUUUGUUCACCAUUAACUGAAUCUGAGGCUUCUGAAUCAGGCCUACUUGCCUAUCCAAAAACCGAUUUGGUUUUUCCAGAAACAAGUUGGGGAAGGACACUUAGCUGCACAUGGCGGUGCAUGUGCAGUGGUGCAUCACUACAUGCGUAUGUUUGCACUCAUGCCACGGGAAAAAGGAAGAAAGAAAUCUUUCCUCGAUUGUCCUAGCCACUCCCGGCCCCUUGCUGGGGUGCCCACGCAGUCCCGCUUUCCCCAAGUGGCAUCCCCCCCCAAUCCUUUCCGGGCGCUUUGGGGCUAUAUCACGCCGCCUGCAAGCGGGGAGGUCACAUAUGGGACAGAAACAUUACGGAAAUGCGACCCUUGCGCCCACUCCGUGCCCAUGGCUAUACCUGCUGCAGUCCUGGGCGGCCCAGACCUCGCGGUGCGGGUCGGAUUCCUACCUGAGCUGGGUUUACGGGCGGGCGGCGGGGAAGAGGGCAGCUCCAAUCUGUAGGGGGCGCACAGUCCCCUUCAGAGGGCUGACUCCGAGACAACCUACCUAGCUACCGGAGACGUCACUGUGCCACAGGCUGAGGAUUGGCUGGUUUCCUCAGCGUUGGAGAGAAAGAUCGCCUUUUCUCUGGUGACUGAGUAUCCUAAAAGUUCUGGUUCCAGAACUUGGGUCGCCAAAGACCUUUUCUCAGUGAAGAAUGACUACAACCCCCAGAAAUCAACGGGCCUCUCCGAGAGGAAGACUCGUCUGAGGUUGCGUACUAAAGGCGCCUGACCCGGAAGUCGGAAGUUCAAAGGCGGCAACCAAUCAGAGCUGCCACCGGCGCGGGCUCCCGCCUUCAUGGGCGGGUUUAUGCUGCGUACGAGGCGCAGGGCUCUAUCCUCGUCGGGAGCCAAAUUCUAGAGGGGGACAACAUGCCAACUGCCAAGCAACUAGCUGACAUUGGCUACAAGACCUUCUCCACCUCCAUGAUGCUCCUCACUGUGUACGGGGGUUACCUCUGCAGUGUCCGAGCCUACCACUAUUUCCAGCGGCGCAGCUCCCGGCGCCAGGCUGCAGAAGAACAGAAGACCUCAGGAGCCCUAUAGAAUUGGGGGGCUUUUUUCCUUGAGCAGAGAGGCCUGAGGCAUGCUGUGGAAAGACUGCACCUGCAAUCAUUUCUGAGUCAAGAGGACCAGGGCCUUACUGGCUUUCAAACUCUGUGGAAAAUACCCAUGUUUUCUCUGGAACAGCCAGUUUGGAGAGGCUAUCGAAUCAAAAUAGGAUGGGAGGGUGAGGCACACCUAUAGACAUUAAAUACUUUGCCAUA